UUGACCUUCCAUACAAAAUGAAAAGAAAUGUGUCCGUGUAAACAUUUUGUCCGUGUAAACAUUUCGAUCGUAGCGCCGCCACUGAAACGUUCUCGGACAAAAGAUCAAUCAAAGUUCACUUUGAUUCCGUGCACGAGAUUUAUUUCCGACCACGAGAUUUGCGAUGGCAGCGCCGCCAAUGAUUAAAACAAGUAAACCCUAAAUCGUGUUUUUCAAAUAUUUUAGGAUUGAAGAACAAAAAAUGAUGCGUAGCAUAUUAACCACAUCAGGACGGCUAAGUGUUCUUAACCCAACAAGGAGCUUUGCAAGAAAAGGACCUAGCAAACUUUUGGAUCAAAGAUUAACAAAAUUUUGCGAAAAAUAUGUGGAAAAUGAUCUUGAAUCGUUUGAAGAAACUGAAUCAGAUUUCAUGAAUGUUCAUGAAGCUCAUAAAGACUUUGAAGAGGAGGAGAGAAAAUUUUCUUACAAGGUUUCAAGAUUAAUGGUUGGACGAAAGUAUUUUAAGGAGAAAACAAGAAAUUUCUUAACGUGGUUCGAGAAAGAUCAAAUCAGAAUUCUUCAUUCACAAGAUUCCAAGAAAUGGACAAUAGAUUAUCUUUCAGAAGCUUUUCCAGCAGAUCCAGCCGCUAUUAAGAAUGUCAUAAGAACUAAACCAAGACCAGUAGAUGCAAACAGUAUAAAAAAGCACGAUGAAGCUGUAAAGAAAGCUUGGGACUUGUUCAAGAAAGGUGAACUGGAAUUGGAUUCAAUGAUGUCGGAGCAUCUGAAGAAAUUUUCACAUCGAAAAUUGGCUGACAAUAUCCCGUUGGAAUCUUACCAAAAUGAAGGAGUAAAACUUCCAAAACCGAAACGAAAUGAGUUUGAGUCAAUCAUUACAUCUUGCAAGAAAUAUUCAAAUUCGAAGAACGAAGAAUCGCCUGGAAAAUCUCAAUAUGCUCAGAUAGAACAUCCAAAUGCAUUGAGAUUUCCUAAUAAACGAUCCAGAGAUCCUGAACAGACUUCCACAAUUUUAGAAAGUAAUAAUCUGCACACACAGCAAGUGUUAACACUUAAAGAAUACCAAAAACUUGCACCAGAAAUCGUAAUGGAAGAUUCCGAGACGGAAAGUAAAUCUUUUCCAUUAGAUUUAAAAUCAAUCAACGAUACAGAUACAAAAAUUUAUAACUUCACUGGAUUGAAGCAUUAUCAACCUACACAAAUCAGAGAGAAAAUAAAAAUCCCAAGAAGUAUUUGGAAGAAGGAUAAAACUUAUAAAGUUGAAGAUUGCUUUUAUGACGACAAUGGAGAAUUUCUUUAUCGUGUUCCUGGUUUAGUAUGAAGAAUUUUUGUUAUGUUUAAUAGAGAAUGAAUAAAUUUGUAGAUUUUUCGUUUUACUAAGAAAUAAAUGGUUUUUAAAUCUAAA